ACUGGGAAAAAUGAGAAAAAUACAGUUAAUCUCCCUGUCACUGAUAAGUUUAUACUUUCACAGUGUCACUACAUCUCCAGUACCAACAGGAUGCCAUGAUCCGAGUGUAGUGAAUGCAGCUGAGGUUGCACUGGACCAAAUUAAUGCAGCCAGAAAGGAAGGUUACAUCUUUUCUCUGAACAGAGUGUAUGAUGUUCUGCAAGAUGCAAAGGAGGAAGGAGGGAAGCUUUUACAACUGACAAUAGAUGUGCUGGAGACAAAGUGUCAUGUGAUAAGCAAAAAAAAAUGGAAGUCUUGUGAAAUCAAGGAUAUCACAAAUGUUCCAGUCUUCGGAAAGUGUGAUAUAUCUGUCUUCAUUCAAACCAACAUUACUUUACGGAAUUAUAGUUGCACCAUCCAGCAAGUUCCUGCUGCUGCCAUCGUUGACACAUGUCCAGAUUGUCCAACAACAGAGAGCCUGAACGAUCCAAUCGUAUCUGAGACAGCAAAACUUUCCCUCGAGAAAUUUAACAAAGAGACAACAAUGUCUAAUUACUUUAUUCUUCUGAAUAUAACAGGGGCUAAAAUGCAGUGGGUUGUUGGUCCAUCCUACUUUGUGGAGUUCAUCAUACAGGAAACAGACUGUUCCAAAACACUAACUGAUGUAGAUUGGAAUCAGUGCCAGCCAAUGAAUGGGACACAUAUGAAGGGCUUCUGUACUGGAUCACACAUUACUUUUGAUGAUGACUCUGAGGAGAAAAUGUCCAAAGAGGACAGCUGGAUCAGAGGAACACACACUUCUAUUGAAGAGGCUAAGAUAAAACUUUCCAACAAAGUCAGCUGUUCACUCUAUCAGCAAAUGCUUGAGAUUGAACCGGAGAACAGCCACAGGAUAACUAAAAUCCAUCCAGCCAACCAAGAUCUGUCUGGGUCUGUGCUGGUUCUGCCCCCUCCACCGCUCCCAGUGCCUCCCAGAAUACCAGCAACUGCUCCUAACUGCCCUGGAGAAAGGCACCACAACCUUGGACUAAAGUCACUGAAACUAUGAAUAAAAUAUCAUGUACCAAAGGUCACUCCAAACUUUAAAAUAAGAUUAAAAAAACAUACAGAAAAGAAAAUAAUAGCAGGCAGAGCUAUUCUGUAUAUCCACAUCCAGGUAUCUGAGGUAAAUAAAUAAAACCAAAGAUAAUUUAAGCACAAAAACGUUUAAAGCAUUAAAAACAUUUGUUAUCAGUGGUCACAGGGGUUUAGAACAAAAGGAUUCCUUUUGUCAUUUUUAUUCAUGCGUCUGGAGGUGAAAAACAAAUUUAAAUCUAGGAAUGUUUUAUAAAUAUGUAAAACUAAAAAAGGUAACAGCAUCAAGAUGAAACAAUACACACAGGUGAUUCAGCCGCACACACAGGUGAUUCAGCUGUAAAAGAAAAAUAUAAAUGAAGACUGCAAUAAAACAAAUUGUAAAAGUG